UCCAAGAAGAGUGUGGGCAAAGAAGAUGGGAAUCUCGGGGCCUUCCAGCUGGCAAGAGACUCACAGCUAGUACAAGCCUUGGGACACAAGGUUAAUGCUAAGUCAGCCAGCAGUGGAUCGACUACUCAUCUAGCUGUUUCUGGAGCUAGAGAGGCACCGAGUCCCGCCCCAGCGGCCCCUUUACCAUCCCCGUUUGCUCUCAGCACCAGUGGUCUGUCCGGGACCGCCUUGACCUAUGCGUCAUGGAUAGUCCCAUCGAGAUCCAAGGAUGAACAGAUUGUGAACGAGGCGCUCACGGAACUCCUGCCGAUUGACUUCCGCUCGAGGACCUUUCACAAUUCUACAGGAAAAGGAUUGUUGUUGAUGAAACGUUCGCCAUUGUUGAGGCAAAAGCGCCGAGUCGAGACCGAAGGCGUCAGCCUUUAG